AUGGGAAAGAUCAUCUUCUAUGAAGACAAGAACUUUCAGGGCCACUCCUAUGAGUGCAGUGGCGACUGUACUGACCUGCACUCUCAUUUCAGUCGCUGUAACUCCAUCCGGGUUGAAAGUGGGAACUGGAUGGUAUAUGAGAGACCACACUUUAUGGGUUACCAGUACUUUCUGCACAAACGUGAAUACGCUAACUACCAACUGUGGAUGGGUUUCAACGAUUGUGUCAGAUCCUGUCGAAUGAUACCCCAACACCAGGGAUCCUACAAAAUGAUGAUCUAUGAACGUCCAGACUUUGGUGGUCAGAUGAUGGAGUUCACUGAUGACUGUCCAUUACUUCAUGAUCAAUUCCAUUACAAUGAUAUCCAUUCUUGCAAUGUUCAAGAAGGAUACUGGAUCUUCUACGAGCAUACUAAUUACAGAGGCAGACAAUACCUCCUCAGACCUGGUGAAUACAGGAGGUACAGUGACUGGGGUGCCAUGAGCUCAAGAGUUAGUUCUAUCAGACGUAUUACCUUGGGAAACUGA